CGUUCAGUUUGAAGACUACCGGCGUACGGAACGCCAGCACGUUGCUUCGCGUUGGCUCGAGACAAACUUGUGCAAAAGUUGGCACGUGCUUCUGUCAGAAUAACUUUUGCUCGAUGCCAUCGUGUUGCUGGCGUCGUUUUCUUCUCUGCUCGAGUAUCUCGAUGUGGCGUUUUUCAUUCUUGUCUUAAUAUUCGUCAAGCUGAAAUUCGUCGUCGAAUUAAAUGAAAAUCAUUUUUUCAAUAGUCGUGAAAACUCGAAGUGAGAAAGAUUCGUGUUUGGGAGUGUGUGUGAUUGAAAAAAUCGUGAAAUACUUCGAAAGUGCAGUGCCAACGAUCAAUUAUUAGAAUAUAGAUUUUUCAAACUUUUCUUAAACCUUUUACACUUUUUCAUCGCAGUCCAGAAGUUACACUCGUUAAAUAGUCUUUUUUAAACUCCUUUCUGUUCGAAUUCACUGGGAAGAGUGUGCACAAUUGUGUUGUUCGGUUUCCCAGAACUGUGUCAAUUCAAAAAUCGUGAUUAUGGCGUCGUUGAAACUUCUGGCAGAUCGUCUGUCAUGUCGUCAAGUACUGAAUAUUAUGGUGAUACUCGGAUUCAUGCUGAAUUACAUGCUUCGAGUUAAUCUGACGAUCGCCAUCGUGGCUAUGGUGAUACAUAACGAAACGGGACAUUCCAGCAACGCGAGUCUCCAGCACGUUGUUACGGCUCAGUACGGAUUUACGGAAUCGAUAAACGUCGACGGCGUUUCGAUCAAUCGAUCCCUCACCGCAGUCACUACCUUGAACAAUAAUGGGACUGCGAAAGAGGUCGAUUUUAACAACACCGAGAAUAUUUACAGUACAAUAAACGCGACGAAUGAUUCAACCUUCCAAGAAGUCCGUCCUCAAAAUAACGUGACACAACUGAAGCAGACGAGAUACGCUUGGAACGAGUACGAAGUGAAUUUUAUUCUCGGGAGCUUUUUUUGGGGCUACAUUUGUACGGAACUUCCGGGCGGGAGAUUGGCGGAAGUGGUCGGAGCUAAACGAGUUUUUGGGUACAGCAUGCUCGUCUCCAGUUUCGUAACACUCCUGACACCGCUCGCAGCAACCUUUGGGUAUACGAUGGUCGCUGCCCUGAGAGUGGUCCUCGGAUUCAUGCUGGGGGCAACUUGGCCAGCGAUCCAGCCGAUGACUUCUCACUGGAUUCCUCCGAUGGAGCGAAGCAAAUUCGUAUCGAAUAUGAUGGCUUCCUCACUGGGUGCAGCAAUCACGAUGCCCAUCUGCGGAUUCCUCAUAUCAGAAAUCGGCUGGGAAUCUGUUUUUUACGUAACCGGAGGAAUCGGCGUCCUCUGGAGCCUGUUUUGGUUCGUUUUAGUGUUCGACUCGCCGGCCCAGCAUCCGAGGAUUUCGGACGACGAGCGAAGGUACAUUCAGGACGCGAUUGGCACCACUUCGACGACGAAGCAUCUCAGCGUGCCCUGGAAAGCCAUUUUCACGUCCGCCCCGGUUUGGGCCAUCAUCAUCACGCACGGUUGCAGUGUCUUCGGUUACUUCACUGUGGUAAACCAACUCCCGACUUACAUGAAGUACAUUCUAAACUUCAACAUCAAAGAGAACGGACUUUUAUCGUCGCUCCCAUACCUGGGCAAGUACUUUUUCGCCCUAGCAACAGCGACUCUCGCCGACCACAUACGCCGCACUGGAAAGCUCAGUGUAACGAUGAUUCGUAAAAUAUUCACGACAUUUGCCAUUUUGUGUCCAAGUUUGCUGAUGAUAGUGUUGGCCAAUUGGGGCUGCGAUCGCGUCACAUCCGUCGCGAUAUUCACCGCUGCUCUCACGUUGAACGGCGCAGUAACAGCAGGCUACUUGGGCAACGGCCUCGACAUCGCCCCCAACUUUUCCGGCACGAUAUUCGGCCUGGCGAACACCUUGAGCUCCCUCGGUGGGUACCUCAGCGCCAUGAUGGUCGGAAUGAUAACUUACCACAACCAAACGUACGCGGCGUGGAGCACGAUCUUCUGGAUUCUCGCGGGCACUUAUUUCGUCGGGGCUACGACGUUCCUCGUUUUCGGCAGCGGCGAACUCCAGUCUUGGAACAAUCCGGAAAGUGCUGCACAGGCGAGGCGAGCCAACGAGGAUGGCGCCGAGGAAUUCAAGCCUCUGAAAGCUCCGGUCGCGUAGUCGCGAAACCAUACGCGCGAUCUUCGUUCAAUGAAAACUCGAAUAAAUUGUUGGACCAACGGACAAUAAUUCCGGGACGUACACUCAAGUAUUUGUAAAUAAAAAUCCACUCUUUUUUUA